AUGCACUUCCCACAUCACCACUCAUGGAAUCUGAAAAGCCCUAGACGGGUCAAAGAAGUCCUCAAAGAGAAGCUCACGACGACGAACGAUGGAGACAACGACAGCUCGUUGCCGAUGCUUAGCAUCGCAGAUACCACAAGAAACAAGCUUGUAUCGGCAUUAGGAGAGUUUAUCGGCACUUUUCUGUUUCUCUUCUUCUCCUUCGCAGGGACCCAAAUCGCCACAUCUCCUGGCGCUUCCGCUGGGGUCGAACCGAAUCUGACAGUCAUCAUUUUCAUCGCCCUUUGCUUUGGCGUCUCAUUGACUGCGAACGUGUGGGCUUUCUAUCGAGUCAGUGGAGGAUUAUUCAACCCGGUGGUGACACUCGCCCUCAUAGUGUGCGGUGGACUGCCAGUACAUCGUGGUCUCCUUAUUGUACCCAUCCAGAUUAUUGCCGGAAUUUGCGCUGCUGGUAUCGCUGAAGCAAUGUUUCCCGGCCCGCUGAACGUUGAUACAGUCCUCGGCGGAGGAACAAAUACAGCACAAGGGUUUUUCAUCGAGCUCAUUCUCACGGCACAGCUUGUGUUCGUCAUUCUCAUGUUGGCAGUUGAGAAACAUCGGUCAACAUUUCUUGCCCCAGUCGGCAUCGGCCUGUCGUUCUUUCUCUCAGAGAUUGUUGGCGUUUACUACACUGGAGGAUCACUGAACCCCGCUAGAUCGUUCGGUCCUGCUGUGGUAAACAGGAGCUUUCCAGGAUAUUUCUGGAUUUACGUAUUCGGCCCGACAUUCGGGUCGCUGCUAGCCUGCUUCUUCUACGCCAUAUUGCGCACGUUGCGAUACUAUGAAGUCAACCCAGAUCAAGACGCCGACGGUCAAGAUUUGGAUGCCGAAGCUGCCACUAAGGACCAGGAAGUUGGCAGCAGCCCUGAACGGACAUUGGCGUGA